AUGUUUAAAUCUACGCGAGAAAGUACUGAAACUGAGAACAAGGAGAAUGAAAAGGGAUUUUCAGGUGUUGUAGAGAAUGUACCGGAAACAGGAACGGGAAAUAUAGAUCUUGAAAUAGAAACAAACUCCGUGGAUUCUUCAGGAUCCAGGUUUCGAGAGUCUAAAUCGGCAGAAGUUGGGCAAGAUACUAGUGAGAGUAGUGAGAGACAGGAGGCAAAUUUAUCCUUCAAGGAAAGAUUAAAACUUAGGUUUCAAAAGUUUCGAGAAACUAAUCCUAUUUUCUCAUCAUCCACUAGGAAGCCAACAGGUUCAGCUGUGAGACCCUCCACUAUUACAGAGAAACCUAACCAAGUUGAAAAACCAGAUGAAAAGGAUGAGAAGAAAAGGUUCGGAUCUCGGAAGAACUAUAUCCGGGAGCAUAUUAGAUCUGUGCUUAGUGCUUCAGCUUCUCCUAAACCUGUCACUUCAAUUCUAGAGAGAACAUUCAUUCCUUCUAGAUCAAGCUCUUUCUCAAAUCUUGCAGAUCAUGUUGGAAAUGGACCAGAGUCAAAGGAAGAACCUAAAAACCGGUUUUCUUUCAAGAAAUUCGACAGGUUUAACCGACCAGAGAUUCGGAGAAAUCAUCUUAACAACAUAUUUUCCAAAGAAAAAGAUAAAAAGACGGGAAAUGAAGAGACUAAUGAAAACACAGACGAAACGCAAGAUGAUGAAAAAAAUGAAGAAGAAGAAGAAAAUAUUCCAAUUCUUGUUCUCAAACCUUACAAAGAAACGACUAGUAUUGAAGACACUACAGGACAAGAAGAUUCUGAAGAAGAUGUCACUGAGAAUAUGGAGGAUAACCUGGAGUUAACUGAAGACUAUUCAAGCCCAGGAUUACUUGUAUCUGAAGAGAAGGAGGAAGAUUUUAGCUCAGAGGAUGAACAAUUUCAGAGGUUGAUCACAACACUAGGGUUGACUGGGUUGAAUGGACCUUUAGAUAGUUUACAGAUUGCAACUAUCAGGUAUCUUUCUUAUUAUGAUGAUAUUCUAAAAGUGCCUUCAAGGAUUCAUAAUUUCCUAAAGCGGACUGUAAAAGUGAAGGAGUAA